AUGUCACUCCUGGCUUCACAGUCCCUCAGUCUAGGGGAGUGGAAGUUGCUUAUCGUGCCCUUCGCUCUCUUUUCCGCAGUCAUCAUUUGGCGAUCAUAUGGCGCAUUGCGACGGAACAAAGGAGCCAAUUUCAACCACAACAACCCAGCCGGGAAAGGCUAUGAGAAGUCCAAACAAGGGUCCGAAUUAUGGCGAAUGCCAAUUCCUAGUCCUUACCCUAACUGGUCCAUCGAUGAUACGAAGCCGCUCCCUUAUCGCGCAUUCCGCUACGGUCCCAAGUACAAUGUAACGAUGGGACUCCGCUCGAUACAGCCAGAUGAAUGGAUUGAGCUCGAUAACCAGUUUCCCAAAUUCCACAGCGACAAGACGGCUCGGAUCCAAGAAAGAGGUGAUAAAUGUUUCGCAACCUCCCCCGAAGCCUACCCGGCAGCCAUAGAGCUUUUGGAAGAGCUGGCUCAGUACCUGCCUGCUCGAUAUCCUACGCUGUUCAAGCGCACCGCCGUUGGACUUGACAACAUAUGGUCUGGAGAGUCUUUCAACAUUAUUGAAAGACCUCUCAAAGAAGACCCCAUGGCUAUUGCUGCUAAGCUGGUUCAAGACGAUCUUGCCAUUAUGAUGGAGGGACCUGAUGGCCAAUACUACCUUCUCGCCGGUGCCAUCCUCCUCGCAGGCUUUUGGCGACUGCGCGACAAGUUCGGUAUGUCUCUUGAGGAGAUCCACACAUCCGGCGAUGUCCCCCACUACAAGGAGAAACUGCACAACGGCAUGGCCAGCUUCUUCAAGCGCCUACGUUGCGACCAAAUCUACUCCCGCAACAACUAUUUCAUUCAACUCGACGACUCGCUGCCGUGGAGCUGGAGCAUCGGCCAAGAGGACAGUCCUGUUGUCAGCUGGAGUACGGCCGAGAAAGACAAAGCCGUAGAGUAUCACUACUUCCGCUCAGAAAGACAAUCCCUACGUCGCCUUCCCAAGACCAAGGCGAUUGUGUUCACGAUUCGCACUUAUUUUCAUCCUGUCACAGAAUUGGCUUCAGAGGACUACGUUCCUGGCAGACUUGCAAGCGCUAUCCGCAGUUGGGAUGAGAAAGUAGCUAAUUAUAAGGGCCGGGAGAAGUUUGGGGACGUCCUGCUGGAGUACCUUGAUAACGAGCAUCAAAAGCAGUUGGAUCGAGGGUUGGACUUGGAAAAGGAGGAUGAGGUGCGAAAGUAUCCUUGGUAG